AUGGCGCCCCGAACGUCCCGAUUCCUCGCGUCCGCGUCCGCGACUGCCGACAAGGCAUACGAGCCCGAAGACAACACGAGCCUCGACGUUCCAGAACAACUGCUGACGCCCGAGAACAGCCGCUCUGAGACAUCGAGCAACAAUGAAAACGCGUUGACUGACGAAAAUACCGCGGGACGGCGGAGGUCAACACGAGUCGCACGCGCAUCGCUGGCCGGUCAGCCACUAGACGACGCACCUGAGAAGGACGGAUCCGUCGCUUCCUCCAGCGAGGCUUACGUAGCUAGCCUUGCCAACGCAAAGAGAUCACAUUCCUCUCUGCGCCACAGUAUUGCCGUGAUGGAAAAUUCCCUGUGGAGUGGUGCUGCAGACAAGGAUGCCGCGGUAGAUGACCACCCAAUGGCCCCCGAUACCCCGGUCUCAAAGUCUUCUCAAGAGUUGCAAGCUGGGGAUAUGAAUGUGUCACUUCAACAGCGAGCACUACGAAAGCGUGUGGAGAAGGCAUUGGAGGAAGAUGAGGGAACACCCAAAGCUAAGCCAGCUCCAUCUCGUACCGCUUCCCGCAAGUCUCUACGGCGGUCAGGUCGCAUAGGUUUAUUGGAUAAGGCUUCGGAUCUCGUUGAUCGGGCGAACAGUAUUCUGGGAAAGCGUACGAGAGGUAUGGCAGAUAAAGAUCUUGGUCGUCGUGCUAGCCUCCGGCCUCGAAAUCUGGAUCCGCCAAAGGAGGAGAAUGGGCAUGCAACAAAGAAGCGCCGAGUCUCCGAGAGUGAUUUGUCCAAACUCAAAUCUCAGGAUACGCCUGCCCCCGAAGAACCGUCUGCACCAUCCUCGCCUCGGCCUAAGCGCAAGCUGUGGCUGUCUCACGGUCUAUACACUGGACAGGAACCCUCGGACUCCCCUCCCAAACAGCGCCGGAGCAAAAAUUCCAAGAAGACUGGCACUGGACCCAGGCACCGUACUAUUCUUCCUAUGCCCAUGUUCAAGGGUGCUCGGCUGUUGAAGAAUGGAAGAGACUACCAGCUGCCAUUCGACAUCUUCUCGCCUCUCCCGCCUGGCCAGCCCAAGCCAGAUGAGUGGCGUAAGACCAACAAGAAUGUCUUUGUUGGUGACGCCGGAAGUUUUUGGAAAGCGAACAAGAAUCUCGAGCUAUCUACUUGCAUGUGUGAGGAGGAUACUGGCUGUGACGAGAACUGCCAGAAUCGCUACAUGUUCUACGAAUGUGACAACGGUAACUGCAGGCUGGGUCCAGAGUGUGGGAACCGAAAUUUCGAGGGACUCAAGCACCGAACCAAGGCUGGAGGCAAGUAUAACAUCGGAGUCGAGGUCAUCAAGACCAAAGACCGUGGAUACGGCGUCCGCAGCAACCGUUCCUUCGAGCCUAAUCAGAUUAUUGUGGAGUACACCGGAGAGAUUCUCACACAGUUUGAGUGCGAGAAAAGGAUGAGAACAGUAUACAAGAACAAUGACUGCUAUUAUCUCAUGUACUUUGAUCAAAAUAUGAUCAUUGAUGCGACUCGUGGGUCCAUUGCUCGCUUCGUUAAUCACGCUUGCGAGCCCAACUGUCGUAUGGAGAAAUGGACUGUCGCUGGAAAACCUCGCAUGGCUCUCUUCGCGGGAGAUCGUGGUAUUUCUACUGGGGAGGAAUUGAGUUACGACUACAAUUUCGACCCGUAUUCCAACAAGAACGUGCAACAAUGCCGAUGUGGAUCAGCGAACUGUCGAGGCUUCCUGGGCCCACGGCUGAAGGAUAAGCAACAGCGCGCUAAAGAGCUUGAGCAGAAGCGAAAGGCCGAUAGCUUGAAGAAGACUAAGAAAGCCAUCGGCAAAAAGCGAAAAGCCGCGGCAGAGUCUUCGUCCGAGUCCGAGUCUGAUUCCGAAACUGACUCUGAGUCUGAAUCUGAGUCCGAGUCCGAGGAGGACGAGCCUCCAAAGAGCAAACGUCGCAAGCUGAUCUCAACGAAAUCCAUCCGCGCCGGCGUCAAGAAGGCCGUGGCAACUGUCCGCGGAAAGAAGACCACGAAGACAACAGCCAAGGCGAAGGCCACCACCAAGGCGAAGAAUGUCAAGUUGCCUAAGGUCAAGGCUACAGGGCGAGUGAAGGCGGCUGUCCGCCCUACCCGUGGCACUAAAACUACCAAGGCUACCAAGGCUGCCAAGGGGGCCCCGGCUUCACCUGGUAAAAAGUCUACAGCGCUCAAGCGGCCAUCUGCCGAGACCAAGAAAAAGAUCCUCGCUACUGCUUCCAAGGGCGCCGUGGGCCGUCCUCGCAAAAAUGCUGCGCAAAAGGCUCCUUCCAAGAGUCCCGUCAGGGCUAAGAUGCCCAUCACCAAAGCUAAAAGCCCUGCUAAGAAGGGCUUCGGCAAAGAUGUCAAGAGCGUCGCUCGGCGUGUUGUGCGAUCUGUCAGGGGUACAAAGAGAGCUUAA